AUGGAGGAGAGGAGUAUUGUAAAGGUGCCACCCACCAAGAGCCUACCAUAUCCUCAUGCACCUUCAAGAAGAGAUAAGGAGAGGCAAUAUGCUCGGUUCUUAGAGAUUUUCAAGACCUUGCAGAUUAACAUUCUGUUCUCCGAGGCAUUAGAGCAAAUGCCUACUUAUGCCAAGUUCAUGAAGGAGCUCCUCACCAAGAAGAGAAAAUAUUUUGAAGAGGAGACCAUCACAUUGGAGGCGGGGUGUAGUGCUAUCAUUCAGAAGAUGUUGCCAACAAAAUCCAAGGACCCUGGUAGUUUCACUCUUCCAGUCACUAUUAGGAGUUUAGCUAUUGGGAAGGCUUUGCUUGAUUUGGGGGCUAGCAUCAAUCUCAUGCCCUUAUCUAUGCUUCAGAGGAUUGGUGAUUUGGAGGUGAAGCCCACUCGCAUGAUUUUGCAGUUGGCCGAUCGAUCUGUGAAGUAUGCUCAUGGCAUAGUGAAGGAUGUUCUGGUGAAGGUGGACCGUUUCUUGUUUCCCUCUAAUUUUGUGGUGAUGGAUAUAGAAGAAGGCAUUGAUGUACCUCUCAUUCUUGGCCGACCAUUCAUGAAGACUGCAAGAGUUCUAAUUGAUGUGGAUGAUGGGAAGCUUAAGGUGACAGUGAAUGAUGAAGAAGUCAAAUUUGAUGUGUUUGAUGCUAUACACUACCCCAAGGACAAGAGUAGUUGCUUCCGGGUUGAUGUAAUAGAUGGCCUUAUUGAAGACACUAGGAAGCAUGUCUCUUUUUCCACUCCUUUGGAGAAAGUCUUGAUCAAUGUGGUUGAAUAUCUCCAUGAAGAAAUGUCCAGCCACUCAUUGUUUACAUUUGAGCCUUAUUUUGUUUUUUAA